AUGUGGGACCGGAUAGUCCCACUGCCAGGACCUUGCCGGUGGAGCGCACAGUUGCCAAAACCAAGGCGGAGGAGCGCACCGCCGCCAGGACCCGGGCAGAGGAGCCCCCCGCGGCCAGGACCUACGGGUGCAGCACAGGGCUGCCGGGAUCUUGUCAGUGGAGUGCAUCGCGGCCAGGACCUGCGGCUGCGGCACACCCCUGCCAGGACCUCGUCGGCGGAGCGCUCCACGGCCCGGACCCCGCCCCGUGCGCGUCCCCGGCGUUGGCGUCGUCGUCCGGGUGCUGGUCUCCGUCCCGUCGCGGGUCUCCUCGCUCCCCGGGCCGCCGCAGCCGCUUCCGCGCCCUAGCCGGCCCCGCCGACUGCAGCCCUGGCGCUCCCCGCGGGCCCCGCCGAGGCCGCCUGCGCCCUGUGCCAGCGCGCGCCCCGGGAGCCGGUGCGCGCCGACUGCGGCCACCGCUUCUGCCGGGCGUGCGUGGUGCGCUUCUGGGCCGAGGAGGACGGGCCCUUCCCGUGCCCCGAGUGCGCCGACGACUGCUGGCAGCGCGCCGUGGAGCCCGGACGGCCCCCGCUCAGCCGCCGCCUGCUGGCGCUUGAGGAGGCGGCCGCGGCGCCCGCGCGCGACGGCCCGGCCAGCGAGGCCGCCCUGCAGCUACUGUGCCGCGCCGACGCCGGGCCACUGUGCGCCGCCUGCCGCAUGGCCGCGGGCCCCGAGCCGCCCGAGUGGGAGCCGCGCUGGAGGAAGGCGCUGCGCGGCAAGGAGAACAAAGGGUCUGUGGAAAUCAUGAGGAAGGACCUGAAUGACGCACGGGACCUGCACGGCCAGGCAGAGUCAGCCGCUGCGGUGUGGAAGGGACACGUGAUGGACCGUAGGAAGAAGGCACUGACCGACUACAAGAAGCUACGGGCCUUCUUUGUGGAGGAGGAGGAGUACUUCCUGCAGGAGGCUGAGAAGGAGGAGGGGCUCCCCGAGGAUGAGCUGGCCGACCCCACGGAGCGGUUCAGGUCGCUGCUGCAGGCAGUGUCAGAGCUGGAGAAGAAGCACCGCAACCUGGGCCUCAGCAUGCUGCUGCAGUGAUGGCACCAGUGCACCGCCAUCCCGGAGCUGGAGGCAGGAGGAUGGAUCCUCGUCUCUGUGGGAAGUGUCAGCGCGUGGCUGCUGGGGAAGUGUGGUGGGCACCCAGCCUUGGGUCCAUCUGUGUAGUUGUGUGUUUGAACAGUGUCCAUUUAUCCUUCACCCCGAGGCGUGAGUGUUUUGGGGGCUACAAACGCCUCCCGGUAGAAGCUGGACCUGGAGACCCUUCCCACCUGUACCCAAGCCCUCCUGAAGUCCUGGCCACAGCCCAUCCUCCACGAGUCCCGGCAGCCCCGGGCCAUGCCAUUCCUCAUCAGCCAUCAACCCCUCACCUUGUCAUCCAGGGACCCAGACCCUGCACCUUCCAUGUGGGGCCCCAGAUCCUUGGCAGGUACGCGAGGCAUGAGGCACACCAUUGAGGGUCAGAAACAAGAAUGCACAUGAGGCCGUGAGAAGGCUGGAACUCAGGCUGCAGGGAAGAGAAGGAAGACGAUGGCACCUCGAGGCCUCCUGAGGAGGGGCCCUGCUCUUGGGGUGGGUGUGGGCCCCGCUCAGCCUCAUCCACCUCCCCCUCCCAAGUCCCUCCUCACUCCUUUGGCUCCUGGGAGCCCUGCCUGUGCUCCACCUGCCUCCACAGAAGGGACCCUCUUUUCCCCAGGUGAGGGGCUGGCAGGUGGCUCCAGGCCCCGCGGUGGUGUCUCAUCUUGCUGUUAUCUCUGGCUGUCAUUUCCUUUAGUAGUUGAAGUUUGCAAAGCUCGUAGCAGUAGCUCCAUUGCCUGCAGCAUCCUUGUGUGUAGAUAAAUUAGUCUAGUUGACAGAAACUCAGCACUGGGGACAGGAUUGCAAAGUCGGGGACAUAGAUGCAGACAGAUGUUCAGAUGUGGGGCUGGCUGGGCCUGUGAGCGGUGGUGCCCGUUUCCAGAAGCCUUUCAGCCCUUCCCAUCUCUGGCCUUGGUGCGACGUCUGUGAGUUUGACCUGCCCAGUGCCUGGACUGGCUCCGUGCUGAAUAAAGUGUUUGCUUCA